GGACUCCCGGUGCUGGGAUGGAUGGGGACUCACUCCUGCCCCUCGACGGCUCUGCUGCCCGCCAGCCCCGGACCGGCUCCCAGCAAGGCCAGGCUGUGUCCCCGGCAGCUCCGGAUGGCACCGGGGGUCCCCUCCCGUCCCGUCCCGUCGGGGACGCCCCGUCCCGCCCCCGGUACCACCUCCCUGCGCCGCGGCCUCCCGCCUCUAGGUGGCGCGCUGGGCGCUCAGCCCGGAGAGGCCCCGCCCCUCUGUCCGCCCCGUCCAAUGAGCGCGCUGUGUUUCGGCGGGAAGCGGGGAGGAGGGGGGGGUGUCAGCCGGAAGAGACGCUCUCGACUUCCGGUGGCGGCCGGAGCCAUGUCGGAGGGGCGGCCCCUGCGGCUGCUGAGCCUGCACGGCUACCGGCAGAGCGAGCGCCGCUUCCGUCAGCGCACCGGAGCGCUGCGCAAGGCCCUGCGGGGCCGCGCGGAGCUGGUGGCCGUCAACGCCCCGCACGUCGUGCCCGGCGGCGAGGGCGACGACGACGGGGACGACCCCCCCCGCGGCUGGUGGUUCUCCGGGCCCCGCACGUUUGACGCGGGGGAGGUGGCGGCGGCGCCGGCGGGGCUUGAGGAGUCGCUGUCAGCCGUGGCGGCGGCUCUGGCGGAGCACGGACCCUUCGACGGGCUGCUGGGCUUCAGCCAGGGCGCGGCGCUGGCCGCCAUGGUGUGCGCCCUGCGGGCCCGCGGUGACCCCCGCUUCCCCGUGGCCUUCGCCAUCCUGGUGGCCGGUUUCGCCAGCCGCGCCCCGGCUCACGGCCACUUCUACCGGGAGCCCAUCGCCCUGCCCACGCUCCAUGUGGUGGGCGAGGCCGACGCCGUCAUCGCCGCCCCCCUCAGCAGGGAGCUGGCCCAGCGCUUCGUGGAGCCCGUUGUCCUCACCCACCCCGGCGGGCACUUCGUCCCUGCGGCUGCGCCCCAGAAGAAGGCCUACCUGGAAUUUUUGGACCGAUUCCACCCCGGGCAAGGCCAGGCUGAUCCCCCGGGGACUGAGGCUGUUUGAUAACAGUCUCUCUAAUAAACGGGGCUCUGGUGAGCCGUGUACAGCCUGCCAUCUUGGUGAAAAAUCCCUGUGUUUCCAUGCUCUCCAGAGGGGCCAGAGAGUCCUCAUCAGCUCACUGUGCAGUGUCAACCCAGGGUCAGGCUAAAUGGCUCUUCCUUAACUCCCUUUCCUUGUUUUGCAGCUUUGUUGUGUACGGGGGUGUGUGGGUUUGAUGGUGAGGGGUUUGAGGACGGGAGGGUGACACUGCUCUGUGCGAGGUGCUUUCAGAGACUUGAAUAACUGUUCUGAUAUUGGGCUCCCUCAGGUCAGCCACGGGAAGUGUCUGCAGAGCACACAGCUCCUGCAGGGGUUGUACCCCAAAGAUUUGUGUUUUUUAUUGCUGGUGAAAGCUGUUAAACCAACCUUCCAGCUGGUCUGGGCCUAGAAAAUGCUCUCAUCCCUGGCAGUGCCAGGGCUGGUGUUCGCUUCAGGAAUUAAAGGUCUGCUGGCUCAGCG